AUGGAUCUCGUCAACCACUUGGAAGGAAGACUCCUCUUCGCCGUGCCCAAGAAGGGCCGCCUGCAACAAGCCACCCUUGACCUCCUCGCCGGCUGCGACAUCCAAUUCCGCCGCGAGACCCGUCUCGACAUCGCCCUGGUCAAGAACCUGCCCAUUGCUUUGAUCUUCCUGCCCGCCGCCGACAUCCCCACCUUCGUGGGCGAGGGCCGUGUAGACUUGGGUAUUACCGGCCGCGACCAGGUCGCCGAGCACGAUUCGACCCUCCCCGCAGGCGAGACCUCCGGCGUCGAAGAGAUCCUCGACCUCGGCUUCGGUGGCUGCAAGCUGCAGGUGCAGGUUCCCCAGAAGGGCGACAUCACCGAUGCGAAGCAGUUGAUUGGCCGUAAUGUUGUGACUAGCUUCACUGCCCUAUCUGCGGCUUUCUUCUCUAAGCUUGAGGGCGCAGAGCCUGGUUCCAAGCUGCAGACUAAGAUCAAGUAUGUUGGCGGUAGUGUCGAGGCUGCCUGCGCUCUCGGUGUCGCGGACGGUAUUGUCGAUCUCGUUGAAUCCGGCGAGACUAUGAAGGCUGCCGGCCUCAAGGCCAUCGACACCGUGGUCGAGAGUACCGCCGUACUCGUCAAGUCCCGCGACUCGAACAACGACCUCCUCAACCUGAUCACCUCGCGCAUUCGCGGUGUCAUCACUGCGCAAAAGUUCGUGCUUUGCCAGUACAACAUCCCCCGCUCCGGGCUCGCCGUUGCCUCCAAGAUCACCCCCGGCAAGCGCGCACCUACCAUCACUGCCCUCGAGGAGGAGGGCUGGGUGGCUGUCAGCUCGAUGGUGGAGAAGAAGCGCGUGGCGACUGUCAUGGAUGAGCUGAUUAAGGUCGGCGCAACGGAUAUCUUAGUUCUGAACAUUGCCAACUCGCGCACGGACUAG